AAAAAAGGAGUUGCUAUGUACACAGAUUCUAAUAAGUAUGUUUUUCUGACUCUCCAAGUGCAUGAGAAUCUGUACAGAGAAAGAAGAUUUCUUACAGCUAAAGGAAAAGAAAUCACACAUGCAGAUGAAGAUAGAGAAUUAUUAAAAACAGUAUGGAAACCUGAAGUUUUGUAGUAAAGUACAAGUACUUGCUUGGAGAAGAAAUGCCCAAGCAGACCAGGCUGCAAAGGAAGCAGCUAUGAAGAAAAUCACAGUCAUGCCUGUGUUGGUAAUAGAUGUACCUGCUUUUGUGGAUCCAGAUUAUGCCUGGGAAGAACAAGAAGAAGCUUCCAUUUGAGAUUAUUGGGAAAAGCAAAAGGAUGAUACAUCCUCCCAGAUUCACAAGCAUGGAUGCCAUCACAACUUGGUCGAGAAGUUGUCACCUACAUGUACAGUCAGUGUCACUUUGGAGAAGAGACACUGAGAUAUUUGAAUGAACUAACUUUAUAUGUUAACUGGCUCUCAAGUCUGUGCGGAGAUGCCUCCAGAGGUUGUGUGAUCAGAGCUAAGUCAAACUCCUGCAAGAGAUCUGUGCCACAGCUUGAAGUUGUACUUGAAGAAAAUGUGCCUGGAGAACAGAAGCAAGUGAAUGAUAAUGUUGUCAACUGUCCUGUUACACAUGAGACAACCACCUCUUCCCCUGACUGAAGAGACUUUGGGACAAAGGGGGGAGAUAACUCCUGAAAGACAACUUAGAGAGCUAAACCAGACUGUUUUAGAACUCAGCCAGUAUAUAGAACAAGUGCCAUUGGGGAUAGCUACUCCUAUCCAUGGGCACAAGCCAGAAGAUUUAGUUUGGAUAAAGAGUUAUAAAGAAGAUGCCUUAGAAAAGCAUGGAAAGUUCCAUUCAUGGUUUUACUAACCACCCCACUGUUUUAAAGCUUAAAGGAAAUCCUGCUUGGAUCCAUUGGUGCGGAGGCAAACCCGCUGCCACAGAGGGAUGGACAGUUACCAACCCAGAGGGACUUAAGAUGACCCUGAGGAGAAAAUGUCCGUCAGUGGACGCGACGGGAGAAGCCUCCUCGAGACCGACAAUCGAGUGAGCGAAAUUCUGGUGGGUGCUGCAACCCCUCCCAUGCCGGAGAGGAGGUGGUCACCACCCGAAGAGAAUCCAGCCCUUUGAGAUGCUUCAAUUUCAGUUUAAAUUGCCUACCUUGAUGAUUUUGUUCUUGUUGUUUAUGGUUAUAAUGUUGUUAGUGUUUCCCCCUUAUUGCAAAAGUAAGACAAACCAGAUCCCUGUAGGUUCUGUGUCAAAAACUGUCAAGACUGGAAACACAAUUAGAGAGACCCUGAUUUACCAGAGUAGAUAUGCAUGUCAGGAAAAAAGAAGACACAAUGUACUUUUAAAAACAUAACAGACAUAAUUCUGACCUUUCUGAGUCUGUUAUGACCCCAAGGAAAAUCCUGUUCAAUGGUACCUGCAGGCUUAUCAAGCCCAAGCAGAAAGUGCCAGUUUUGCUAAAAUAAAGAUUCAGAGUUCUAAUUCAAGAGUUACAAUAACCCUUGAACUUUGUGGGUUAUCCAAACGGCCCACUAAUUGUGGAGGUCUAGACUGGCAAAAGACCUAUGUUUAGGCUAAUAAAUAUAUCUGUCCUGACAAGGGUAUUGGUAAUACCAGAUGCAACCAUCAAUGUUUCUAUUGGAGUUGUGUUGGAUGGGAGACUUGGCAAACUCGUGGCCCAGUGCUACUUUGGUCAAAGUCCCAGUUCAAACCAACUAUAAGAAAUCCCAGUGUAAUUAUGUUAAUUUCACCAUUAACAAUCCCCAGACAUUUCUUUCAAGGUUUGGAAACCAGUUUGGUAUAAGAAAUGUGGAAAAGGUUCUGACCCCUUAGGUCUGUUCACCUUAAAACUUGUAAAAUACACAGAGGAAGGACACUCAGUUCCAUGAUCCUUCUUCACUGAACUUUGGGAAAAGAUGAAAAUACCGUUUGAAAUCCCUGAAGUUGUUAAAAAUUUGUUUGUUACUUUUGCUGAGAUGAUAGCCAAUACUUUAAACAUCAGUAAUUGUUCUGUGUGGGGAGAAACACAGAUUGGAGAUCAGUGGCCUUGGGAGGCUGCAAAACUAAAUGUGAGUGAACCUUAUAAUGGAACUAACAUGCCCCAACCCCACAGCCAAUGGAUAUUGAAAAAUGCUAUUGUAAAUAGAUGGUGUGUAAAUAGAAUCAAUCCUAGGGCUCCAACCAUAGGAAGAUUGGCUUGUGAAACCAUGACUAUUUUAAAUGAAACUGAUCCCCUCAACUUCAUCUAUGGGUGGUGGCCUAAUAUUAAAAUGAUACCCGUUAACCAACUUUGGAAUGAGUCUCUUAAGUUAAGGCUCAAUCUCUCCCUCCCAAAUAGUAAUGCUUGGGAUGCUCCUAAAGGGUUGUAUUGGAUUUGUGGGAAAUAUGCAUAUUCCCAAUUACCAGAACUGUGGGAUGGUGCAUGCACCCUAGGAGAAAUUAGACCUUCGUUUUUCCUUAUCCCCUUAAGGGAUGGAGAGACACUGGGCCACCCCAUAUAUAGCCGAAAAAGGAGAGCUCCACUUAUUGGGAAUUGGAAAGAUGAAGAGUGGCCCCCCAAAAGAAUAAUUCAAUAUUAUGGACCAGCCAGUUGGGCUGCAGAUGGGGCUUAUGCGUAUCGCACUCCUAUUUAUAUGCUUAAUCAUAUAAUCCGCUUGCAAGCUGUAUUGGAAAUAAUCACUAAUGAAACCGCCAGAGCCCCGAACACCCUUUCCAAAACCCAAACCCAGUUAAGAAAUGCUGUAUAUCAAAACAGGUUGGCUCUUGACUAUUUGUUAGCAGCAGGAGGAGGAGUUUGUGGAAAAUUCAAUCUCACAAACUGUGGUCUCAAUAUUGAUGGAAAACAUAGCUGAUAGAAAAGCUGCAGACCAAAUCAUGGCGCUGCGAGAGAGAUAUCUUCCUGUUCUUGAAUAUGAUAGUGAUAUCCCAUAAUCCACAAAGUGGAUGAUGGGCUAUCAAAGGGGGGAAUGUUAGGGUUUGAUAAACCCCCCUCUCUCUUCCUUUGGCUGGGUUGCCCCCCUUCUCCACCUUACUUUCUCUGCCCACCUUCCCC